CUGUCGGUUCCUUUUUUUCUUAAAAUAUUUUUUUCGUUUUUAGAGAUAGGUUCUACUAUCCAUCGAAAUAUACCCGGAGCUGUCGCGGUUCUUCCCCCCCUCUCCCUCAGGCCUCUUUGUACUGAUGCCGGUACCGGCCUUCGCCGCGUUGUCCUUUCAUCUGCCGUUCGACACGUUGCUCUCUCUCCUGAUCUUCGCGUAACUACCGCAAAUUGCAAUAUUGAAUCAUCUUCACCCAAACAAUCCGGUCUACUGGCUAAAUGCAUCCCUCGGAUUACCCAGUCUUCUUCAAGGUCCCCUUCCAGCAUCUCGAUUAAUCAAACAUCGAAUGGCUUUUUGAAGAGCUUAGCCAAAGAAAGUUUUGCAGCUGAUUCGGAAAUUAAACCCACUGCACAGAGCUUAGUUAAUGCAUCUUCAGAAGCCUUAGUAACUUCAGUACCACCAUCCCUUUGCUCUACCUAUAACCUAGCGACUUCAUCAUCACCCCCUCCACCGCCUCAGCGACACUCUUCUCACCUAUCUCCACAGCACCCUGCUCCUCUAACCAUCCGCUUACCUGAAAAAAAUCAAUCUUUCUCUGAAACGAUGGUUACAUCAAAUGACACAGAUAAGCAGCAGUCACCCCAUUAUCUUAUAACUUUGGCAAAUGUUAAUUCUAAAUGUCCGACCUCAGAUUCCAUUUCAAUCCCGACCCUACCUAGCAAUUCUGGCAAUCCUGGGCCUAAACUUUGUAAAUAUGAUGCCACAGUUCCUUUAUCCCAUGCAUUGAAUCAUGAAGAAAAACUAGUUAGUGAGAAUACAAAUGGUGAACAAUAUUCAGGCUCCAAAAUAAGGGUUUUCCAACAUUUAGGCGUUAAUCAGGAAAUGCUUGGCCUUGAACUAAAUGGAGAUCAGUCUUCUGCGACACUUCUAACCUCCCAGAACCGUAGCAAGUAUGUGUUCUCUUUAUUUUAUGUUACUUCUUAUUUGUGCUUAUUAUGUCUUGUAAUAGUACAACUCAUGUUAUUCUUUAUCUCCUGCGCCUUCAAUAGUCGCAUUAUUACCUUUUAUUCAGAACUUUAG